CCUGACCCCACCUUAUCCACUCUCUCCUCCAACCCUUUCUUUCAUUAUUUUUUCAGCUCUUACUUCAUUAAUUUCAAACCUUACCUUUCUUGUACAGCAAUGGCAACAACAGCCUCGGCCACACUGUCUUCACCCACAUUGGCUGCCGCCACCGUCCGCAGUCCAAGGAGAAGAAGUGCAGUCAAUGUGAGUUACAUAUCAGGAUUGAAUUCCUUUGGUGGGCUAAAAGCUCACAACAACGUGGUCUCCCUAGGCCAACCAGUGUGCACCGAGCAAUCCUUUGCAAAGGUGGUGAGCUCGCUCAAAGCUCCGUCGAGGGGGAAAGGUAGAGGCGGCGGUGGCGCCUUGUAUUCGACAUGCAACGCGGUCGGAGAGAUAUUCAGGAUUGCAGCAAUCAUGAAUGGACUUGUUCUCGUUGGUGUUGCUGUGGGGUUCGUUCUCCUUCGAAUUGAAGCAUCUGUGGAAGAGUCUGAGUGAGAAUUUAAGCAACUUUUUUUUAUU